UCUUAACAUUUUACUUAAACUACGAAUGAAAAGAUAAGUAUCUUAAAUAUGUCGUAAACAUGAAAAUGUUAUUUUAGAAUUUUGGUAUUUGACAAAUUUUAAAAAAUGCAAGACUUAUGCCCAUUGUGUUUGAAAAAUGGUGUAAAGAGAAAUAUAAAAUUAUUACAAAUUAAUUUACAAGAAGCUGUAUGGAUGUGUGAAGAUGAAAAGUGUACAUGGCCUUUUGGAUACACGGGUUUUGUACUUUCUCCACGUCUAGUAGGAAAAAUAUGGUCCUGUUAUUGGGAUGAUCAUAAGUCAACAGGAAAAUUAAAAGAGACUGCUUUAACAUCCAUCCAACUACCAUUAUCUAGUCCACCUACAAUACCUGUUAAAAAUGUGCCAAUAGAGUUCUAAUACUAAUUGUGAACAACUUGCUUCAUUAACUCAUGACAUCUAUAACUGUACAUCAAAACGAAAGAAUUCUGUAACAACAAACAAUUUCCCUACCCAAGAGAGUAUACUUCAAGAUACUUCAAUAGCAAAUACUAGUAUAAACAUAGAUACUGUUUUAGACGAUCUUUUAAGUAACGAUUAUAGUGUUUCAGAAAAUAUAAAUGAUGAUUGGCUAAAUUCUCUGUUAAUUUAAUAUUAAGUCAAUGUAAUAUAUAAGAUAAAACUUUAAUAUGUGUUGUAUACAGUAAUAUUAAACAGUAUUGAAAAUCUCAUUAUAAGAAGUAAUUUUGUAAAAUAAGCAAGAAUAAAUAUAAUUUAAGGAAUUGGUUUUCUCAUUCAUGAAAAAAAUUCUAUAUCACUUUAUGGUAAUUGUAAUGACUUAUUCUUAUAUUGCCGUGAAAACAGUUAAUAGGGUUUAGUGAACAAAACAGAUCAGACAUAAGCGAUUAUAUUAAUUGUCUGUAUUUACAUGUAUGAAAAUUUAUUAUAUUUUUCAUGUGAGAAACUUUCAUGUUACGUUCAUAGUUAAAAAAUUUAGUGCAUAAAUGUGUUAUAGUAAUUAAGUAAAUGUUUUUAAAUUGUUAAAGCAGUUGUUACUAAAUUAAUAUUUUUUACAAUCCUCUUUCAAAUAUACGCACACUGUGAGUAUCAAUUGUAAAAUAAUGUCACUUAAUUUUCAAAAUUAUUACGAAUUAAUGUAAAUCCUCAAAUGUAAAAUCUGAAAAGUGAA